GCUGAUGACCAGCAACAAAAAGAGAGCGAAUAAGUUGAUUGACGGAUGAAACAGCACCUGCGACAAUCAUCCACCGCCCUUACUUUUGCUAAGAUUAACUCCUCCAUGACCUUUGAAACGUCCAUGCGCCCCCUGCGCGACAACUGAAAAACAGUCCAACUUUCCAAUCGUCUCAACCACCAGACAUCACUCUGCAGCGCACAUGCUCGAGUAACGGGCGCUUGCUGAAGCACUUUUGGUCGGGGAAAUUCCAUGUCUUCAUCUAUCCAUACGCUCUCUUCGUUUCUUCUAUUUUCUUUUCCCCUGCCGCAUUUAGUUCGUCUUUCCAUUCGGCGCUGCUCUUGACACAGCCUCUCCGUCAUGUCCUGCUGGUAACCUACUACUUGUUCCCUUGACUUAUCCUUUUGUCCAGAUGUGUCGAUAUAUGCGCGCUGCAACUAUAACGUUAUUAUAUUUGCAUCGAUAAACCUGAGCUGCAGUAGAUCGCGAUUUGUACUUGAUUUCUAUAUCUUACCACCAAUAAAUACCCUUCUUCGAUAUGAUGCACCAGCCGUUGACAAGCUCGUGCUCGUCGACCUCGGAGGGGCAUGUCAAAGCCCCAGCGAUUCAUUUUCCUGACGGUACCGUCAAGCAAUCUACUCUACUCCGGUCCCCGACCGUACAUCGGAAUGGACAUGUCAAUUUAGACACAUUCUCGCCAGUUAAUGAAAACGGAAGCUUCGAAUUCGAUCGCGUCUUGAAAACUGGGAAGGUGCAUCGUCGGGUUAAACAUAAACAUGCAUUCAGGGCCUCCUGGAAACAAGCCUAUCUCGUUCUCCGCCCGAAUCUGUUAUCAGUCUACAAAGAUGAGGAAGCGACAAGGUUGCGACUAUCCAUUACUCUAUCAGAAGUAACCGCGAUCGCUCCCGUUAAAUCUCCUCGGUCAAAUCGCCAGCACGUUUUUGGCAUAUUUUCCCCUUCUAAGAACUAUCGCUUCCAGGCUCUGUCGGAAAAAGAUGCGCAGGAUUGGAUCGAGCGCAUUCGUGCCGAAACUCGCAUAGACGAGGAAGAGGAGGCGUUUCUGGCCCUUUCCAUGAAAGGAAACAAUACACCGACUAGCAAGCAACGCAUCGAUGAUACCACCGAUUUCUCGGAUGUUGAGCAUAUGGGAAGGGCCAGCUCGCCUGAAUUUGGACGGGCAAGCUCCCCUGGUGGACGUCUCACUGCCCACCAAAAUUUCUCGGGACAUGAUAUUACGUCUUACUCAGAAUGGUCCGAUGGCCCAGCGAGCAACUGCAGUGUUCGCCCCGCUUCAAGAACUUCAACAAUUCCUAACUUAUCUGUGUCUACUCCAGCGAGUGCACAGCCCACCUCUGCGCGCGAUACGGAUCGGACCCAGGAAUCAAAUGCCCGGCGUGACCCGGAGAGAGUUAUCUGUAAUGGCUAUCUUCAAUGUCUCCGCAUUAAGGGAGGAGUGCGCCAAUGGAAGCGAUUAUGGGUUGUUUUACGUCCAAAGAGCCUUGGCUUUUAUAAGGACGAACAGGAGUAUUCCGCAGUCAAAAUACUUCCCAUGGACCAGGUAUUCGAUGCCGCAGAAAUUGACCCAAUAUCUCGUUCAAAACUCUACUGUCUCCAAGUUAUUGCAGAGGAAAAAUCAUAUCGUCUCUGCGCGGACAAUGAAGAAUCUCUAGCAAAGUGGUUAGGGUCCCUAAAGAGCGUUCUGGUCGCUCGCAAGAAACUCGAGUCAGAAACUGCAUCAGGAGCUGCGGCGGCGGCAGCAGCAGCAGCCUGAACAAUUGUACAACAAUACUAACCUGUCGGGUCUGGCAACAGUCCCAUUGUCGCUCCCUUUUUCCAUUUCCUUCACUGUGUCUCUCCUUAACAAAUUCUUUUCAUUAUCGAAUUAUUGCACACCUUAUAUACCUUCGUCAACUGUGUUUUCUUUUCUCAUUGUGAUCUUUUUACGACAUACAUACCCGACUUUACUGAUGAUAUAGAUCUGCUUUCUUCUUUCUUUUCCCUUGUGACCAGUCUGAAACCCCCAACUUUUGAAUAAUGCUGAUAAUGUUCGUUUUACCGACGUUUAUUUAAUCCCCUGUACUGGUGGCAAAUAUUCUGCAUACCGAGGAAUCCCCAUGGUGGAGUAGGUAUCAAGCCGCAAUGCUAUUUUCUAGCAGCGGGUUGGAUAAUUUGCGUCCAUUAUUGUUCUCUCUUAUCUGCCACGUGAUAGGACCCUAUUGUAA